GCACCCCACAUUCCUCAAACAGAGCAGAAACCAUUUCUUCUGCUCUCCUCUCCCAAAUCAAACUCUCCAAAUUAACAUGGCACGCUCUUCGUUGCUAGCUUGUGCUUUACUUUUUCUAGCUUCAUCAUUUGCUUCAGCUGCAGUCGUCGAACACACGUUCACUGUGCAAAAUUUAGCCGUAACACGGCUGUGCAACCAGCGAGUGAUAACUGCUGUAAAUGGGAAGCUACCUGGCCCAACCCUUCAUGUUCAUGAGGGUGACACUGUUAUCAUUCAUGUCUUUAAUAAGUCACCUUACAACAUCACCCUGCACUGGCAUGGUAUAUUUCAGAAACUUAGUGGAUGGGCAGAUGGACCGAGCAUGGUAACUCAAUGUCCCAUACAACCGGGACAUCAGUAUACAUACAAAUUCAGAAUCAUCGAUCAGGAAGGCACCCUCUGGUGGCAUGCUCACGCCUCAUGGCUACGUGCCACUGUCUAUGGUGCACUCAUCAUCCGCCCCAAACUCGGUCAAUCCUACGCUUUCCCCUUCCCUAAACCUCACAAGGAAAUACCCAUUGUAUUAGGCGAGUGGUGGGACGCCAACCCCAUUGACGUCGAGCGCCAAGCUCUUGCGACCGGAGCUGCUCCGAACAGUUCCGACGCUUACACUAUCAAUGGGUUGCCCGGAGAUUUAUAUAAAUGCUCUAAAAAUCAGACAUACGUGUUUAAUGUGAAGAAAGGAAGGACCUAUCUCCUACGUAUAAUCAACGCUGCACUCGAUAAUCAGCUUUUCUUCAAGAUAGCCAAUCACAAGAUGACGGUUAUCGCUGUCGACGCUGGCUACACCAAUCCAUACGUCACCGACGUCGUCGUGAUCGCCCCCGGCCAGACUGUCGAUGUUCUUUUAGUAGCCAACCAGCCGGUGGGAUCUUACUACAUGGCCGCCAGACCAUACGCUAGUGCACCCGGGGUUUCGUUCGAUAACACCACGACGAGAGGCAUAGUCGUGUAUGACGGCGCCGCUUCCACCACAACUCCCAAAAUGCCCGCCCUCCCAGCUUUCAAUGACACCCCCACGGCCAACAAAUUCUACACUAAUUUAACAGGAUUGGUAGGUGGGCCUCAUUGGGUCCCAGUCCCAACCAAGGUGGACAAGCACAUGUUCCUAACCGUCGGAUUGGGCCUGCAAGCCUGUCCUAAAAACACCAAGUGUCAGGGCCCGAACGGAACAAAACUCUCUGCCAGCAUGAACAACGCCUCCUUCGUCCGCCCCACCCGUCUGUCCAUGCUUCAGGCGUUCUUCUCCAACGUCGGCGGCAUUUACACCACCGAUUUCCCCCGCCGACCGCCGAUCAAGCUUGACUACACAAACUCCAACAUCAACAACGACAACGCCUCGCUGUUCGCGCCAAAAUCAACCAAGGUCAUUAAGCUCAAGUACAAUACCGCGGUGGAGGUGGUCUUCCAGGACACCGCCUUCAUCGCCGUCGAGAACCAUCCCAUGCACAUCCACGGCUUCAACUUCCACGUGCUGGCGCAAGGGUUCGGAAAAUAUCACCAGUCUGAACACCGGAAAAUGUUCAACCUCGUCAACCCACAUAUGAGGAACACCGUCGCCGUGCCAGUCGGAGGUUGGGCUGUCAUCAGAUUCAGAGCUAAUAAUCCAGGUGUAUGGUUCACACAUUGCCACCUGGACGUUCACUUGCCAUGGGGACUGGCGACAGCCUUUGUGGUGGAGAACGGGCCGACGCCGUCGACAACCUUGCCUCCACCGCCGGUGGAUCUGCCACAGUGCUAAUUACCAAUUGACUGCGGGGAAACAGAGAGCUGAUCCAUGAAAUUCAUCAAAUACCAUUGAUAAUUUCAUAAAGUAUUUUUCUCUUCAAUUUCUAAAGAUUCAGCAUUCACUUUCAUUGUUUCAUUUGAAAGAAAAUUACUUCUGUAAUAAUGUUGUUUCUCCAUUUAUUACUUUAAAAAGAAUUCACCAUUGUUCCUUCAGUUGCUGAAACAAUGUUGUUUCCGCUAUUUUGCCCUGUACAUCUGCUUUUCGUUUAAUUUUCUUUGAAAAAAAAAACCUUAUGUGUU